UUUUUGUUUUUUUUCUGGUACCUAGACUCUACCCGCCCUCUCAAAACUGCAUACAUUCCGAAGGGGUAUUGCUCUGAUAUGUACUACCCUACACCUUGGACGAGAUCCGAUCUCUCAUUCCAUGAGACCCUUAUCAGGCUAUCACAGACAGGCGCAUAACUGAGAUACCACCCUCCUGCCGGAUCCGGCCUAGGCGGAGUGGUAUUCGCGGAGGAUGGGCGGGAGAUCACCCCGGACUCGGCAAGUCGAUACAACUUAAGUGGCCGGGACCUCAAAAUUGCGAACCCAGUGGUAAACAGUGAGAGACAGUGGGAGGUACUACUACCUUGAUGUUUAUAUAUUAAUUUGCUCGAAACUCCCCUCUCCUCUCACGGAGUGAUCCAGGACAUCCAUCUCGUUUGUUCUUCGCCUUCAGUUUUCUUGGCGAGGGAGGGAAGAAAAAUAAACAGGCAACAAGAAGCAAAAAAGGACUCCCCCCCCGUGUGUAAAGCCCCGCGAAAGGGAAAAGCCACCAUCAUGCGCUCCCUUUUCGUCCUCUUCGCCUCGGCCGCGACGGCCAAGGUGAUGGACAGUGUCGCCGCUGUCCCUAAGGGCUGGACAGAAGUUCGUCAGGCCUCUCCUGAUGAGCCUGUCACCUUGCGCGUUGGUCUCAAGCAGCAGCAUGCGGCCGCGCUAGAACGGGCCGUCCUCGAGAUUUCUACGCCGGGAAAUCCCAAGUACGGCAAGCACUUGUCGCGCAACGAAGUUCGGGCUUACACAGCGCCGAAGGCGAGUGCUGUCUCUUCCGUUUCCGGUUGGUUGGCCAGCAGCGGCGUCAAGUCCACGGUGAACAACGAUUGGAUCACCUUCAUGACGGACGUGAAGACUGCGAACGACCUUCUUGACGCGAACUUCGCCUGGUACCAAUACGAGAAGGGCGGCAGUCCCAAGCUGCGGACACUGUCGUACAGCAUUCCUGACGAGCUUGUGGAGAACAUUGAUCUCAUCCAGCCAACCACUCGAUUCGGCCAGCUCGGCGCGAAGAGGUCAACCAUUUUUGAGAUGCUGCCCCUCGAGCCUGAGGAGGAAGAUGACGUGAAGGCAGCCGUGGCAGCCGAUGCCGCCGACUGUAACCCUUCGAGAGUUACACCCGCCUGUAUCAGGUCGUUGUACAAUAUCAAUUACACCCCACCGACCGAAGGAAAUCUAGUUGCUUUCAGCUCUUACUUGGAGGAAUACGCCCGUUAUUCGGAUCUCCAGUCCUUUGAGACACAGUAUUUACCGGCAGCCAAGGGCCAGAAUUUCAGCGUCGAGUUGGUCAACGGAGGCAAAAAUGGACAGAACAGCAAUGACGAUAGUGGGGAGGCAAACCUUGAUGUGCAAUACAUAUUAGCCGCCAGCUACCCUAUUCCUAUCCUUGAAUAUAGCACUGGCGGUCGCGGACCGCUUGUGCCUACCCACGACCAGCCCGGGCCCUCGUCAAACGAGCCCUACUUGGAGUUUCUGACUUACCUUCUCGACCAGGACGACUCUGCUCUGCCUCAGACGCUUUCUACCUCGUACGGCGAGGAAGAGCAGUCGGUACCGGCAGAGUAUGCACUAAGGGUAUGCAAUCUCUUUAUGCAACUCGGUGCCCGUGGUGUGAGCGUGCUGUUUUCAUCCGGUGACUCUGGACCAGGCGACGCGUGCAUCAGAGAAUCCGACCAAGCACCCUACUUCCAGCCCACAUUCCCCGGAGCAUGUCCGUACGUUACAGCCGUCGGCGCUACUUACAACGUCGGGCCUGAGCAGGGCGUAAGCUUUUCCAGCGGCGGUUUCAGUACGCUCCACCCCCGGCCGGAAUGGCAGGCAGACGCUGUCGAUGCCUACAUAGAUUCAAUAGGCUCAACCUAUUCUGCGUACUUCAACUCAUCUAACAGAGGGUUUCCCGACGUUGCAGCUCAGGGCAGCCGAUUUGUGGUCGUCGACAAGGGCAGGACCGCACUCCUAUCAGGCACGAGCGCUUCGAGCCCCGUCUUCGCUGGCGUAGUAGCUCUCCUAAACGCUGCUCGAAAGAGCCAAGGUCAGCCGCCGCUAGGUUUCCUCAACCCGUGGCUGUACAACAACAGUGCCGCUUUGAUAGAUAUUACAUCUGGCUCCGGAGUUGGCUGUUCGGGUAACUCUGCAUUCAGGAGCGGCGCGAGAUGGAAUGCUACCGCCGGAUGGGAUCCUGUUACAGGAUUGGGUACCCCUGAUUUUGGAAAGCUGCUUGCCGCUGCUGCACCGGGAGUAGAGAACGCGUAGAGAAAAGGCUUUGUAUACCUACUGCAACUAAGCGAAGACACUUCUAGGACCCUUGUAAUUACGAGUCCCCGUAAAUAGCAAAUCAAAUCAUUACUUGCC